AUGGCGAGGAAGUUAGCUGGCAGGCACCCGUCGGAAGAUUCUCGACAGGAACUUGACCUGAUCCUUAAUGGAGACGAUGAGAAUUGUUUCCAUGCCCAAGAUUACUUCUCGGUGGACAACUCCAUAGGGCAUGUCUUCGAAGUGAUUAGCGGCAAUGGAAUCAUGAGGUCUGAUGUUGGCGGUGAUGAAUUGGUUGAGAUUGUUAAGGAGUUCAAAGCUCAGCAAUUGAAAACGGCUAAUGAUUACACAAAGAGGGUACAGAUCUUCCUAGCGUUUUCGCGGCAGAUUCAACAAAUCUCCACUGACUAUGACGUUCUUGAUGGAACCCUUGAGCAUUUAAGAAGACAGAAUCAGUCGUUUGAGGAUAACCUUUUUUCAACGGCCAUUCCAAGAAUCGCUUCAGCGACCUCUAUGCGGGAUGAAACGGAGCUGCGUGCACCGCUCCGAGAGACAUUCAACUCUUUCCUGAGAGAAGCAAAGCCUAUUCGCACCUAUAGCAACCUCUACAAUGAGAGGACCAAGAUUGGUGUCAGUGAAGGCUUUGCGAUGGUCAACCAACGAGACGCGGAAGUUUGUGAGCACGAGUCCAGCUUGGCAGGUUUCCGCUAA